UGUGCGUACCGAUCUCUAAACCCUUAUGUCCUUGUAAAACCCAUGUCCUACAUUAACAGUAGCACCAUCAGGUUCUAUCGUUUUUCAUCUUUAUUCUUUUCAUGGCAGCAGCUUCACUUCUUCUUCCGUCGUAUCCUUAUUUCAACAGGAAGGACCAAGAAGGCUUAAAUUUGGAAACGCCCGGUGGGGUACAAUCCCCAUCUCAUGUCCAUUUCAGAAAGCAAAUUAUCAAACUUUAUGUGGUGCCUCGGAGAAUUAUUACUCAUGUUUGUGGUGUAAGAUGUUUUACCUCCAAUUCAUCACUUGAAUUGGGCAGCAGUAACAAGGAAGAUGCAAUCUCAAGCAAAUCCCAGAGUGUUAGCAGGUCUAAAACAAUGCUUCCUGGCUCAAGUAACUCCAUUGACGCCAUGAAUGACUUAGAGAGACAGUUACAUGAGUACUUCGUGAAAGUAAAAAGCUUAAUUAAGGUGGGGAAUUUAGUCGGUGCUAUUGAUCUACUUCGAGCUAAUUACAAUGCAGUGAAAAAGCAAAUUGAUACAGGGGUUAAAGGGAUAGAGCAAGCUGCCAUGCUAGAUGUCAUAGCCUUGGGAUACAUGGCUGUUGGAGAUCUUGAGUAUGUUGAGUAUCUCUUGGAGAUGUUGAAUGAGAUUGUGGUUACUUUAAAGAACGAAGAACCUCUACUGGAUUCAGUAUUGAUGCACAUGGGAAGUAUGUAUACUAAUUUGGGGAAGUUCAAGGAAGCCAUGCUCGUAUAUCGAAGAGGUCUUGCAAUUCUAGAGGGAUUAUUUGGUAAGAGUAGUCCAUAUCUUGUAACCCCACUUUUGGGGAUGGCAAAGGUCUAUACUUCUAUUCGGAGAGCCUCAAAAGCCGUGGAGGUUUUUAACCGAGCAAUAACAAUUAUAGAGACCAGCAGAGGUGCUGAAAGUGAAGAUGUUGUUAUGCCUUUGUUAGGUCUUGGGAAUCUUCUGAUCAAGGAAGGGAAGGCUGCAGAUGCUCAACAUUCUUUUGACAGAAUCCUGAGGAUAUAUACAAAUCUAUACGGAGAAAGUGAUGGAAGAGUUGGAGUUGCCAUGUGUUCCCUAGCCCAUGCAUUGUGUGCAGAAGGAGACGUUGAUGAAGCAAUUAGAUUGUAUAAGAACGGUAUCAAAGUUAUUAAUGAUUCAAAAUUCCUAGCAUUAGAUGACGAACUUGUGGAGAAAAUGAGAAUAGACUUGGCGGAGUUGCUUCACGUUGCAGGAAGAGAAGACGAAGGGCGACAGCUGUUAGGGGAGUGCUUGCUGAUAACUGAGAAGUAUAAAGGAAACGAACAUCCAAAUUUAGUAACCCACCUUAUAAAUCUCGCCACUUCUUAUUCACGCUCAAAAAAUUACGCAGAGGCUGAGCGCUUAUUGAGAUCCGGUCUGCAGAUCAUGAGAAAGACUGUUGAGCUGAACGAGCAGUCUAUUUCUGUUCCAAUGUUGCACCUUGCUGUUACACUUUACCACUUGAGACAGGACGAUGAGGCUGAGCAUCUUACGUCGGAGGUUGUGCGGAUCCGUGAGGAAGCGUUUGGAAAAGAUUCUCUUCUUGUUGGGGAAGCUCUAGAUUGCCUGAUAUCAAUUCAGAGCAGACUUGGGAAGGAUGACGAGAAGGUACUAGGUUUAUUGAACAGGGUUCUGAGCAUUCAGGAAAAAGAGUUAGGUUAUGAUAGUGAAGAGGUGAUGCUUACGCUAAAGAAGGUUGUCUUCUACUUGAACAAAAUGGGAAGGAAAGAUGAGAAAGUGCUACUACAAAGAAGACUAUCCAUGCUGAGAACCAGAUACAAACAAAAUAUUCCGUAUUAGUUUAAUACAGUAGGUGUAGAAUUUUCCUCGGCAAAAAAUCGUGCUCUGAACAAAAAAAAUACGAGUUCCUCACGGUUCUCACAUGAAUCAAGUCUUGGUUUCUAUUGCUGCUUUCUGUUCUUCAACUCAUAUUGAUGUUAGUAACUUUUGUUUGUUGGCGAGUAAUGCCAAGUAUAAAGUAAGGUGUCUGAUGAAUGAGAUUUUUUUUAUUUUUUUGAUGGGUAGUCUGAUGUAUGAGAUAUUCUGCAGGCAGUCUGAUAUCUGAUGAAAUGUUGUUGCUUUACUCUUUGACCCACAAUGAUAUCGUGUACUGAUAAAUUUGUUCCAAGUGUAAUUUUGACAACGAAUCAGUAUGAUCCUUUUGGCUACUUUUGGUU